AUGUCCAAGCUCUUGCGGAUCGUGGGCCUCCUCGUGAGCGCCUGUGCCCUCGCGCGCGCGUCGUCCGCCGCUACGGCGCAGGGGUCCUUCUCCUGCGACGUGGGCGAGGCGCAGUGCUGCGCGAACGUUUACUCUCCGAACGACACGCGCGUCGGCGCGGUGCUCAAGGCGAUCGGGCUCGACGCGUCGGGCGCGGCGGUCGGGGUCGCGUGCGACGCGAUGGUCCCCGGCGGCCCGAGCUGCGAGUACACGGCCGCGUGCUGCACGAACAACGGCUUCAGCGGGAUGGUCGCGUUGGGGUGCGCGCGCGUUUGA